GUUGUGUUUAAAAGUGUGUGUUUGUGUAACACUGAGCUUGAAUACACUUCACAGGCCUCUGAUACUUCACAUAAUUUUGAUUUUGGUGUAAAAACGAUAAGGUCACUACCAUGUAGGGACUUGUAUUCUGGAUUGUGGGGGGAAAGAAAUAAGAAUAUGAAUUCUCUUUAAAAUCACCGUUGAAGUCGUUCUGAUAAAAGAUGCUGACAUGCCUUGGUACCUUAAUUAAUACAUUGUUUAAUUAAGUUAGUGAUGUUCCAAUCAUCGACGAUUAUGAUCGAAAAUCAGUCGAUUGUUGGCAAAUUCUAAGUGCUCGAUUAUGAAAAUUUUAUUCCAAUUAAUCGGAUUUUAGAUUUUGUUUUCUCAACGACUGUAGGUUUUGAAGAAUAUUCCUGCCGUGACCUAUCUAUUAACCUAAUUUAUCAUAAUGGCGGCGCACAUGAAAGCUAAUUUAUUAUCCUAUUCUCUUUAGAGAAGUCGAGAGGCAUAGCUAUGUGUAUCUAUACUCAGGGUAUAAAGCAUGUUUACAUGGUCAGAUAGACAUACUUUUUCAGACAUAUAAAUGAAGGAUCAUUCAUCAAAGAGAAUCUUGAUACAAGCAAAGCCAUGUGUGAAUUACGUGGAUAAAACCGCUUUCAAAUGCCACUGUUACUCUGCACGUGCGUAUCAUGUUUUCAAUUGCUGACAAAAGAUAUGAUUUGUUUUUGCCUUUUAAAUAAAAUAUUCUUCUUUCCUUAUUUUCUUUGCUGAAUUUAAAUUAUGCCAGAUUACUGUAAGUUAAUGACAUGAAACUUUGAUGUACAGGGAUAUAGUCGAAGCAAACGAUAUCCGUUUUUGGCACGUAAACUAUUCUAAAAUUCGUAUUAACUUUUAUAUAUGUAAUUAAAGGAUAUUAAGAUAGUAAAAGAAUAACAAUUAAAUACACACAGAAAAUAUUCAUUUACACUCUCUCAGCAAUAGAAACUACCAAUACAAACAAAGAAAAUAUCUAUAAUUUACACUUUCUCAGUAAAUAAAUGACUUUAUUAUAGAAUUUCACUAGACUAUGUCCGAUUAUAAUCAAUAAUUAGUUAGUUACAGUAAACCAAUCAUCGAUUAUAAAAUUCUCACCGAUUCCCAUCACUAGUUUAAAUUACACCCCCUGCAUGUGGUAAUGAUGGUAUCAUAUCAAUACACUUAAGGGAUGAAAAUCUUGUAUUGAUAAAAGGUGAAGAUAACAAACAGUGAUCAAUCUUAUAAGGAACAGAAAACAGAAAGUUGGGCAAACACGGACCCUUGGAUAUACCAGAAGUGAGAUCAGGUGCCUAGAAGGUGCAAGCAUCCCCUGUCGACUGGUCACACCCGCCAUGAGCCCUAUAUCUUGAUCAGUUCUCCGUGAAGACCUUCAACGUAGAUUGUAUGGACAACAUCUAGUGUCGAACGUCGUCAUCAAAUACCUAAAAUCACACAUGACAAAGGAACCAUCAAGAGCCCUUGCUUUGUCCUUUCAUGGAGGGACUGGUACGGGGAAGAAUUAUGUGAGCAAGAUCAUAGCGGAGAGCAUUUAUAGGAAUGGCAUGAGGAGCAAAUAUGUCCAUUUGAUAUCAGCAACCAAGGAAUAUCCACAUAAAGACAUGGUUCCUCUGUAUAAGGAUAAACUGAGGGAACUGGUGGAGAACAGUGUUAAAGAGUGUGCCCAGUCCUUGUUUAUUUUUGAUGAAAUUGAUAAGAUGCCACCUGGAAUUAUCGACACCCUAAAGCCGUACUUAGAUUAUUAUGAGCAACUUGCUGGUGUUGACUACAGAAAUGCCAUGUUUCUGUUUCUAAGUAACACAGCAGGGGAAGAAAUAACAAAACAUACCCUAACCAAGUGGCAAUCGGAAUCACUCAGAGAAGAUAUCGGUCUAAAUGAAAUGGAACGAAUCAUCAGUAAAGCUACCAUCAAUACCAAAACAAGUGGCAUGUAUCAUAGUGACCUGAUUAUCAAGCAUCUGAUCACAGCUUAUGUCCCAUUUCUCCCCAUGGAAAGAAAGCACAUAAGACAGUGCAUCAAAGACUUUCUGGUAGCCAAGAAUUACUACAAACGACAGGAUAUUUCUGAGGAUGCAGUUCGAAAAAUCUCCGAAGAACUAAAUUAUCAUCCAGCUGAUCUGGAAGUGUACUCUGUAACUGGGUGUAAGCGAGUUCCAGAAAAAGUGGAUUAUAUAAUGGAAGAUUAUCAGGAAUGAAAAGAUCAGUGUUGUUCUGAAAUGGAAGUGUCAGAUGUAUGUAGCUAUAAGUAUGUGUGUUAUUUAUAUGUGUCAUUGAGCGAGUUUGUAUGACAAGUUUUGUUAUUAUUGGUAAUUAUGAUAUGGAUCAUAGAAAUUUUCUUCUUUUAGUUUUGUCUCACAUGCUUAAAACAAUUAAAGGCAAUAGUAGUUUUGUAUACAAUUUAUUUUGGGGUAAUUUAGCUUUGAAAAGCCUAGAAAUUUUCCAAAGCUUAACAACCCCAACAUAAAUCGUAUACAAAAACUAGUAUUGC